UUUCCUAUAGUUUAGCUGAUAAACCUCGGAGGAUCCGACUCCGGACUCCUAAUUUUAAACGAAAUCUACCAGUAACAAAUCCGUGUCAGAUUAGAAUGUGUUUCUGCAACUCCUAAUUCUGUAUAAAUCGUCGUCUGACUUCAAAAUGGCAGAACAAACAGUAAACGCAGACGCAACCAUCACCACCAGCUACGCCUCCGUCAGAGUACCAGUGUGUGUCACCGGAGCCAAUGGCUUCAUAGGAUCAUGGUUAGUGAAAACCCUGUUGGAUUGUGGCUACACCACCAUCCACCUCUCCAUAAUGCAGGGCUCCGACCCUUCUCACCUUUUCUCCCUCCCCGGUGCCAACAACCCCGCCGUGAGACUGGUGGUUCACGAGGCCAGUCUUUUGGACGCUGACUCAAUAGCUAAAGCCAUUGAGGGCUGCACAGGAGGCGGUGUCUUCCACGUGGCGUCUCCUUGCUCUCUGGAGGACCCCGUGGACCCACAGAAGGAGCUCGUGGACCCUGCUGUCCAGGGCACGAUGAAUAUACUCGCCGCCGCUAAGAGGUUUGGUGUGCGGCGCGUGGUGCUCACUUCCUCCAUUUCCGCCAUGGUGCCUAACCCGGGCUGGCCUGAGGGCAAGGUAUUUGAUGAAUCCUCAUGGACUGACCUUGACUAUUGCAAGUCCCGCCAGAAAUGGUAUCCCGUUUCGAAAACUUUGGCCGAGAAAUCUGCAUGGGAAUUUGCAAAGAAAAAUGGAUUGGAUGUCGUAGCAAUCAAUCCGUCCACAUGCCUUGGCCAACUUUUGCAACCCGGCUUAAAUGCAAGUUGUGCCGCAUUGCAACAGCUCCUGCAGGGAUCGAAAGAUACACAGGAGUACCACUGGCUUGGGGCUGUGCAUGUCAAAGACGUAGCGAAAGUACAAGUACUGCUAUUUGAAACCUCUGCUGCAUCUGGUAGAUACCUUUGCACCAAUGGCAUUUAUCAGUUUGCUGAUUUUGCAAAGAAAGUUUCAGAACUUUUCCCCGAGUUUCCGAUUCACAGAUUUACAAGCGAAACACAACCGGGUUUGGUGGGUUGCGAAGAUGCAGCAAAGAGACUGAUUGAUCUGGGAUUUAGUUUCACUCCGAUUGAAGAGGCUGUUAGGGACACAAUUCAUAGUCUUAAAGCAAACGGCUUCCUUGGGAAGGAAGAUUAGUGAUCUUAAGUACUUGUUAGGGUAGCAAACAUGAUUGUAAUUCUCUUUAUUACUUGUCCUUUUCUGUAACUUCUAACAGUUUAACUUUUAGUAAAAAGAUCUUUCUUCGAUUAUUAUUAUUA